AUGGUCUAUUUCGAUAGCUCAAUCUCUCCCGUUGACCAAUCAUCAUCCAUGGCGAAUUCCCUCGAUUUCCCCAAAUCGAGGAACCGUAAGACACUCAAUUCUCUUCAGAUUCCGCCUUGCGAACGAUCUCGAUCUCGAUCGGCGGUCGUUGAUGUUGUUAUAUUCAUAGCUGUUAUAACCGCUUUAGGGUUCUUGGUUUUUCCUUAUAUUCAAUUUGUGAUGAGUGAAAGUUUCAAAAUUUGUUGCUUGAUUAUUGAUUUGGUGAGAGAAGAGGUCUCUGUUGCUCCUGUGAUCUAUGUUUCUAUAGGUGUUAGUGCAUCAUGUGCUGUUUGUGCCACAUGGUUUUUCGUGUCGUAUAUAUCAAGGAAAUGUGGGAACCCUAAUUGCAAGGGGUUGAAGAAUGCUGCUGAAUUUGAUAUUCAGUUGGAAACUGAAGAUUGUGUGAAGAAUUCGUCUUCGUUGGGGAAAGAUGGUGGCGGAGUUAAGAAGGGUCUUUUUAAGAUUCCUUGUGAUCAUCAUCGCGAACUUGAAGUCGAGCUUAAGAAGAUGGCGCCGAUUAAUGGAAGGGCUGUUCUUGUUCUUAGAGGAAAGUGUGGUUGUUCUGUUGGUAGGUUAGAAGUUCCGGGUCCGAAGAAGAAUAGAAAGAUCAAGAAAUAG